AUGAAGAGGUCUAGCAUGUCUCGUCCUGUAUGGAGCUCAGUUCAGAUGUCCUGUUCACUCUGGCUCCUCCUUCUGUCCUCUUCUAUCAGGUUUAAUCCAGCUGUGUCUGAAUUAGUAUUUUCAGUGCUAGCUGAAGAUGGAGUUGGGAUUGUAAAUAGCUCUCUGAUGCUGCACUGCACAGUGUUUGACUCUGGCCUGAAGGCUCCUCUACCAGUGAAAUGGGAGCGAGACGCUGGAGGUCUGGACAGCAGGAUUCAUCAGUUGGCCAAUGGCUCGCUUUUCUUUCCCCACUUAAAAGAGGAAGACUUUGGAAACUAUUCCUGUAAUGCAAAAAGAGGCAACAAACAGAUUCAGACCACUGUCAUGGUCAGCAAAGCAUGCCUGAAGGAUGUGUUCUUUCACCCUCAGUCCAUGAGAACUGAAGAGGGACAUGAUGUUUUCCUUCAGUGUGUCUCUGGUGAUAGUUCUCCUCCCGCUCAGAUUUCAUGGUUAAAAAAUGGCAGAAUUCUCACCGAAGGGAACCAGAUUCAGGGACAGUAUGGAGGAGGGAGUCAAAGGAAGACUUCUGGCACUUUGCACAUGGCUAACAUCACCAAAGCAGACCAAGGAGUCUAUAUUUGCAUCACCCACAAUCCUCUGCUGAAUAUAAGCAAAGGAAGUCAAGCAGCAACUCUGACAGUGCAUGGUUCUAAUGUAGACGUAAAGAUUAUUGAAGGCCCCCAAAAUGUCACUGUACCUGUUGAAAUGGAAAUCGCACUGCACUGCUUUGUUGAAGGCUUGCCCAUUCCCACAGUUCAGUGGUUUAAGGAUGGACAUUCAUUACCCAGUUCUUCUAGAUGGGAUCUGCAGAAGGAUGGGCAACUGCUGAUUUUUCAUAGAGUUUUGUCAGAAGAUGAGGGCCUGUAUUUCUGUGAAGCUCGCAAUGAGAGGCAGAAAGUGAUAUCUGAACCAGCCUACCUCCUUCCAGCAGAACCUCCAUCCGUGACUAUCUGGCCGACUGUGGUGACGUCUCCUGUCGGAGCUGAAGUGACGAUUCACUGCCAGGUGUUAGGACACCCUACUCCUUUCAUCAGGUGGUCAAAGCAGGGCCGGUCUGUCCAAACUGGAGGCAAAAUUAUAAUGGGGUUAAGAAACACAACACUCUACAUUUCAUCAGUGAGAACGUAUGAUGAAGGACAUUACACAUGCACAGCCUCCAACACACUGGGUCACGAUCAGAAAACCAUGACUCUUCGGGUUGCUGUGAAGCCAGUCAUUGUUUCCUUCGUUGCAUCGCUCACUGUCUCAGAGGGAUCACCUGUUAGUCUCCCUUGUCGAGCUGUUGGAGAUUUUCCUGUCAAGUACACUUGGAUUAGAACUGCAUCGAUACAAAAUUCACCAGAACUGUCUGGUUCAAACUCUCCGGUCUCACUCCCACAACAGAUACACAUUGAUGAUAAUGGGACAUUAGUCAUCUCCAACAUCCACCGGUCUGAUGCAGGAGAGUAUCACUGCACUGCAGAAAACAGAGUCGGUCAUGAUGUGAGAAGUGUCAUCAUAACUGUAACUGCUGACUCUGAUGUCCCACCUGAUAAGGAAGCACUGAGUAAAACGAUUAUGCCCACUGUUCCAGAGAGUGAGCAAGAGCUAUUUACUAAUUCCUUUCCUUAUGGUUCAAAGCUUCUGAGUAAUACAGAGACAAAUGAAUCCCUUCAACAAACAACUGAAGAUUACACAAAGAUAUCCCUGUUUUAUGCUUUUGUGGAGGACUCACCAACAUACCGGAAUUUUGAAUCUACCCAAGACACUACAGAGUUCAUUUCACUUAAGCCAAGUGGCAUUAGCGUAGGAAUUCAAGAGAUAAACAAACAACCCAUUCAAACACAAAAACCAACCCCAGUGCCUGUCAAACCUACACCAUUUCCCCCACUCAAAGAGACUUUUUUACAGGAUGCACGUCAACAUAUCCAAAUAACAGAGCAGGUCACAAAACCUCCAGUAAUGAAUCCAAACACAAACACGCCUUUCCCAGCAGACUUAUAUUCCCAUACCCAGCUUAAAAAAAUUCGGAGCGUUUCCCUGAAUAGUGCCCAGUCCUUUAGUGGACAGACUCAGACUACAAGCUUAACUUUAGUGGAUUUGGAGACUAUAUUUGAGGAGGGGAAGGUCACUCCCUCACCACAUUCUGACAUUCAGCUGCAGUGCAUGGAGGACUGGAGGAGCAGAGAAUUUGAACCAGGUCAGGACGCCCCCUCACCUCCUCCAGCCAAUCCAGCACCUGCCCAGGAGGAGGGCCUGUGCUCUUCCCUGACCCUCCAGACCAGCGAUCCCUCCUCAACUCCUGUGCGCCACAGCAUCAAUAUCUCCCACGGUUUCUCUCCCCUCCUGCUGUCCCAUUGCGUGUCCCUGGGCAUGACCUCUGUGGCUGUGGAUGUGCACUUCUACCCUUCAAGCCCCUCGGCAGCCAGUCAUCCUCCAUGCCCUACCUUUGGACCUCCAGGCCAGCAGGUGAACACCAGGCUGGAGAACGAACUGACUGCACCCUCUGCUAGCCACAGUAAAUAACAAGAGAGUGUGACAAACGUUGAAGUCAUGAGAAAGCUCUUUGUUAAAUCGCUCACUUCAUAGGGCUA